CUCACUUACACACAACAGCGGUUGCCUGUGAGGACACAUUGACUGCACACUGUAGAUGGAAACCGAUGUGAUAUAAAACCGAGUGCAGUUGAAUCUGCUAGUUACACGUUUCUGACAAAAUUAUGGUUUUAUUUUUUAAAGGAUGACUAUCUAGCACAGGAUUACUCUUUUUUCACUUUUGCGUUCAUCGUUUAAACCGGUCAGUCACCCACACACCCAUUAAUUCAUUAAUAAGCUACGUGUGUGUCACACUGAAACCGACCCCUCCACUGCUGGAUAUUUUUGGGGAGUUUGGAGAUGGAUACCCGGCUAUCUUUCUCCAGGUCUCCGUUGCUGGUGGUUCUCUGCGCGGUCACUGUCCUGCUGGGAACCCGGAGCCCCACGGCUGCUGCGGGGAGGAGCUGCGCCGACACCCGGCAGGUGUACGCGGAGAAGGGCUACGGCAUCAACACCGCACCGCUGACUCAGAUCUCCGGGGAGCACCUGCGGCUCUGCCCUCAGGACUACACCUGCUGCUCCAGUCAGAUGGAGGAGACGUUGGCCCUCCAAAGCGAGAGGGACUUCCUCAAAGCUAUCGAGGACAACAGCCAGUUCCUGUUGACCACCUUCAGCCAGAGACACCGCAGAUUUGACGAGUUCUUCAGAGAACUUAUAGAACUGUCAGAGAAGUCGAUGAACCAGAUGUUCACCAAGACCUACGGCCGGCUCUUCACCCAGAAUGCACACGUCUUCCAGGAGCUGUUUGUGGAGCUGCGCCGAUAUUACUCUGGGGGCAGUGUGAGUCUGACAGAGGUUCUGUCAGACUUCUGGUCCAGGCUGGUGGAGCGGGUCUUCUCUCUGGUCAACCCUCAGUAUCACUUCAGUGACGACUACCUGGAGUGUGUCAGCAAACACGCCGAGCAGCUGCAGCCGUUCGGAGACGUGCCUCGCAAACUGCGCGUGCAAGUGUCGAGGGCUUUCAUUGCAGCCAGAGCACUAUCUCAGGGCCUGGCCACUGGCCGGGACAUUGUUAAUAAAGCAACAAAGUUGACUGCAGAUUCAGAGUGUGUGCGUGGCCUGAUGCGUCAGUGGUACUGCCCCCUGUGUCGCGGCUUGCCCUCGCUGCGGCCCUGCCGCUCGCUGUGCCUUAACGUAAUGAAGGGCUGCUUAGCCAAUCAGGCCGACCUGGACAAUGAGUGGAAUAAUUUCAUUGAUGCUCUUUACCAGGUGUCAGAGAAGCUGGAGGGGCCUUUCAAUGUGGAGCUUGCAGCCGAUUCCAUCUCUGUGAAGGUGUCAGAGGCCAUCAUGCACAUGCAGGAAAACAGUGUCACCAUCUCUACAAAGGUGUUCCAGGGCUGUGGAAGCCCCAGACCAGCUCAAGGACGAUCUAAACGCUCACCCAAGGAGAGCGGAGGAAACAGGAGGCCUUUCCGCACUUACAGUCCUGAAGAGAAACCCACCACUGCUGCGGGCACCAACCUGGACCGGCUGGUUAGCGAGCUGAAGGAGAGACUGCGGCCGAUGCACGGCUUCUGGGUGUCCCUCCCACACACCACCUGCAAUGAUGAGAAGCUUGCCGCCGACGUCACUAAUGAAGACCGCUGCUGGAACGGACAGGCCCGUGGGAGGUAUCUCCCAGACGUGACAGGAGACGGGCUCGUCAGUCAGAUCAACAACCCCGAGGUGGAGGUGGACAUUGCCAGGCCAGAUGUGAGGACCAGACAGCUCAUCAUGGAGCUCAGGGUGGUGACCAACAAACUGAGACACGCUCAGAGCGGACAAGACAUGGACUUCAUGGACAGUGAGGAAGGCAGCGGCUCAGGGGGUGGAGACUAUGGUGAAAGGUACAAUGACGAUUGGCCAGGCUAUGGGCCUUAUUCUCCCCCCUACAACAAACCCUCUCACACUCCAGCCUCCAGCCCCGCGAAGCCACCUCGAGUCAGGGAGAAAAACGGAUCCAAGAAGAACAGAAAACCUGGAAUGGUUCAAGCAGCAGCAGCAAGCCCACUCACCUUCUCCCUGGUUCCCUUGUUGUCUUUGCCUAUCAUGGUCACUGUUGCCCCCAUGUGGAGAUAGCUGGUUAUUACAGUGUGGAGUUGGGUGGGGGGGGAAGGGUUCUGUCAUGCUUACUGUAAGUACAUUAUCAAGAAAAAGAAAAAUCAUUCCAUUAAUUACACCAGCAGAGAAAAAAAGAAGAUAAAACAGGUUAAUUUAGCAAUAAUCAAAACCCUGUUUACAGCAAAAUGAAUAUUUUUCUUACUGGCCCGAGCCACAACAGAAUAAUAACCAGACACACAUGAUUACAGGCAACACUCGAUAAGCACUGCCCUGUUUUAGUGCCAGCCACUUGUGCGAAGUUUGGUUUCCUUGUUGAUUGUGAACGGUGCGAAGCACAGAGAUAUUUUACUCCUGGGAAGCUCAGUAAUGCAACAGCAAAUGAAUUAGCGACGUGUUUUUUUGGUGGUCCUGGAGGACAAUGGUCUCAUGGAUUAAUGGUCUGUGAGAGAGAGAUUAGUCACGUUGAUUAAUUACUGUGUAGUUUCAGUGAACAGCUGGAAACGAUGGGAGUGGUUUUAUUUGCCGCCUUUGUCGUGGAAUUAACGUAAAUGGUUUAAUUUGGGUCUCGUUCUGGUUCAUUUUGUUCGUUUUGUCUCCUUUUUUUUAGUGAGAUGUAAUUUAAUUGCUUCAUGUAUGCGUUUUAAUUGGAAGGUAAAAAAAAGCAACACCUGACUUUUUUUGAAUGUACGCGAAAACUCAAAUUCAUUUUGAGUUUCUUUGUGACGAUAAUGUCAUUAUUUAAUAAUAGUUUAAUUUAUUUGUAAUAUAUUCCACUCUUCUUUUCAUGUUUGGGUUUCCGUUUUCAUCUUCUAAAAGAAGUGUUUUUCUUUAACUUUCUCUGGUUUCGCGGGGUUUAUUUAUUGAUGCUUUUGUAAACCAAUCAUUUAAAAAGAAAAAAUUAAACCAAUUGCGUUAAUUAUGAUAUGAAUAUGUAUUUCCCCAGUGUUAACCAGAGGUUGUUAAGUGUGUGAAUGUGUUUGUAUGUAUGAAUGAAUGAAUGUGUGUUUGUUCAUUGUUAAGAGUUUGAUUGUUUUGUUUGUUACAUGUUGUACUUUCAUGUUAUAGAGGUUUUGGUAAGAUGUUUUUAACGGUGUGCUUUUAUACUUGUUUUUCCUAAAAGCAACAAAAGACGAUGAAAAGUGUGAGUGGAAAAAUUGGAUUUGGAUCGGGAGUUCUGCGAAGAACCGAGAGCCACUGUCUCUGAAUUUUCAUACACUGAAUGUGUUUUGAUAAGAGUUCAUUUAAAGAUUUUUGAGCAAGUUGUGUGCUGAGCUUAAAGUCAUUUGACAUUUGUGGAAGUGCUUCAUUUACAGGUGCAGUGUGUACAAUUCCAACAUGUACUGGUGAAGUGGCAGCGUCACCUUUCCCUUCCAAGUGUGUUGGAAAACCCAUUUAGAGUCCAGUUUGCGUCAAAAUUCAAAACAGCAAUUCAUACAAUCAGACGAUACACUUAUAACAAGUUAAGAUUAAAAAUAUCUUCACUUAAAUGUUACACACUGGACCUUUAAUGAUUGUACCAGCAGUUUAAUGCCACUCUUUGUGUCUAUGAAGCUUUUCCUAAGCAGCUGGUUUGUUUAUCUUGGCAUAAAGGCUGUAAAUACCAAAAAAACAAAGAAAAAAAACAACAACUUGCUUACCAGCACCUUAAAGUUUACACAUAGUUUUUUCUUUGCAUGUGCCCCACGUGUUAUACCACAUAUGGAAAUGAUGCAGCACAAAAGACUCUUUGGCUGCUAAUUUCACAAAUUUUUAAAAUAGUUUGGUGAUCGGAUUUCCUACAUUUCUGCAAGAUGGCGACGCCAGAGGAACUGUCCAUCAUUUUGAACUGAAUAUUAUGAGCUAAACAUUUAGGUUCAUGUAGUGCACUGCAUGUUGAUAUAAUUGCCACUGAGAAGCACACGAACAAGACAACUGCUACCUUUGGACUCAGCAAACUAAGUUUCCCACUAUCUCCUGUUUUUAUGCUAAGCUAACCUGCUGCAGUUCCAACUUUUGUAAAAAAUAUUUGAACACUUUGUCUUUCUUUUAAGCUGCAGUCGAGCGAUGGAAUACAAAUUAUGUUUUUUUUGUCUCAGAAUUUAAAGACAGAAUUCUUGAAUUUUUGAACUCUGAC